AUGAAUCACCAAUGUUGCAAGUUUACCGGCCACUGGAAGAUCAUCGUGUUCGACGAAGAGUGCUUCCAGGGUCGCCGUCAUGAGUUCACCUCUGAGUGCUGCAACGUCAUGGAGUUCGGCUUCGAGACCGUGCGCUCGCUGAGGGUGGAGAGCGGAGCGUGGGUGGGCUACGAGCACGCGGCGUACCAGGGCCACCAGUUUGUGCUGGAACGCGGGGACUACCCCCAGUGUGACUCCUGGGGCGGCAGCAACGCCUACCCCAUCGAGAGGCUGACGUCCUUCAGACCCAUCUCCUGUGCUAUCCACAGGGAGUGCCGUAUGUCCAUUUAUGAGAAGGAGAACUUCCUGGGCCGCAGGGGGGAAGUGAGCGAUGACUACCCCUCCCUGCAGGCCAUGGGCUGGUGCAACAACGAAGUGGGAUCCAUGCGAGUCCACUCUGGAGCGUUCGUUUGCUACCAGUACCCCGGUUACCGUGGCUACCAGUACAUCAUGGAGUGCGACCGUCACUGCGGAGAGUACAAGUACUUCAGAGAGUUCGGCUCCCAUUCGCAGACCCCCCAGAUUCAGUCCAUCCGCCGCAUCCAGCAGUAG